GCAGCUCUCACACUACAAAAAAAAAAAAAAGAAAAGAAAAGAAAGCCCUCGCUAUGGAUUGUAUGUAUUUAUUGAUGUGCUUUUCACUCAGUCACGUAUUUUUGGAUCAUAUUCUCGCUGCAGAAACACAUGAAAAACUCUCUGGAAAGUUAAGUGAAUAUGGUCUUAUCGUGCCAUUCAGCACAGACUCCCAUGGCCGGUACAUUUCUCACGUGGUCUCUGCUGGAAGUGGAAGUAAAGGUGGUGCUGCUGCUGCUGGUGGAGCCGCCGCCGCUGCUGCUGCUGAUGCCUCCUCAACCUUUGGCAGCAGAAGAAGGGUGGCCCGCGGUGCCCCCGUGAUGCCCUCGGUCACCCCUGCCUCGGCUCAGCACUUGUUUUUCAAUGUCACCGUGUUUGGGAAAGAACUGCACCUCCGCUUGAGGGCCAACAGGAGGCUGGUGGCCCCGGGGGCUUUUGUGGAGUGGCAGGAGGACUUUGUGGAAAAGGCCAAGGAGCGUAUCCACGGGGACUGUGUUUUCACUGGAGAUGUGAGUGACAUGCCGGAGGCCUCCGUGGCUAUCAGCAACUGUGACGGACUGGCAGGUCUGAUCCGGACUGAUAAUGGGGAGUUUUUCAUCGAGCCCCUCGAGAAGGGCCAGCAGGACGUGGAAGUGAAGGGGCGUGUCCACGUGGUUUACCGCAGGUCGGCCAUCAAACGGGAGACGGGCCAGCGGAGGGAGGACCUCCACAAUGAAGUUGCAGACUUUGGGAUCGCGAACCUCCCUGCGGCUCUGGAUCUUGUCGAACAUAAACUGUCUGAGUCCGAGCGCAAGAGGAGGCACGCCAAGAAAGACGACUACAACAUCGAGGUGCUGCUGGCGGUGGACGACUCGGUGGUGCGUUUCCACGGCAAAGAGCACGUGCAGAAUUACGUCCUCACGCUCAUGAACAUAGUUGAUGAAAUCUACCACGACGAAUCCCUGGGAACCAACAUCAACAUCGUCCUGGUUCGCAUGAUAAUGGUCGGGUACCGACAGUCUAUAAGCCUGAUCGAGCGUGGCAACCCAUCCCGCAGCCUGGAGCAGGUGUGUCGGUGGGCCAACACGCAGCAGCGGCGCGACCCCGACCACGCCGAGUACCACGACCACGCCAUCUUCCUCACAAGGCAAGAUUUUGGUCCCGCAGGUAUGCAAGGUUACGCUCCGGUGACAGGGAUGUGCCACCCACUGAGGAGCUGCACUCUGAACCACGAGGACGGCUUCUCCUCCGCCUUUGUGGUCGCGCACGAAACCGGCCACGUGCUCGGCAUGGAGCACGACGGCCAGGGGAAUCGCUGCGCGGAUGAGACCAGUAUGGGCAGCAUCAUGGCGCCCCUCGUCCAGGCAGCUUUCCAUCGCUAUCACUGGUCACGCUGCAGCAAGCAGGAGCUCAAUCGAUACAUCCACUCCUAUGACUGCCUGCUGGAUGAUCCCUUUGAGCACAAGUGGCCCAAGCUUCCUGAGCUCCCCGGGAUAAAUUAUUCAAUGGACGAGCAGUGCCGCUUUGAUUUCGGUGUUGGAUAUAAAAUGUGCACCGCUUUUCGGACCUAUGAUCCGUGCAAGCAACUGUGGUGCAGCCACCCCGACAACCAGUACUUUUGCAAGACCAAAAAAGGUCCACCGGUGGAUGGGACGGAGUGCGCACCCGGAAAGUGGUGCUUCAAGGGCCACUGCAUCUGGAGAUCCAGCCAGCAGCCUCAGGGGCACGACGGGAGUUGGGGCUCCUGGUCGAAGUUCGGCACCUGCUCCAGAACGUGCGGCGGUGGGGUCCGCUCCCGCAACAGGCAGUGCAACAACCCCCCGCCUGCCUACGGGGGCCGAGACUGCCCCGGUUCCACUUUUGACUACCAGAUGUGCAACACGGAGGAGUGCGCUGGCCCGUACGAGGACUUCCGUGCUCAGCAGUGCGUCCAGAGGAGCAACAAAUACCACAAAAACAUCAAGCACACCUGGCUGCCGUACGAGCACCCAGAUGAGGGUCGUAAGUGCGAGCUGAGCUGCAAGUCAAAGGAAACAGGAGAGGUGGUGUUCAUGAACCAAGUGAUGCAUGAUGGGACCCGCUGCAGCUACUCUGAGCCCUUCAGCGUGUGCGCUCGAGGAGAGUGUCUGCACGUCGGCUGCGACAAGGAGGUCGGCUCCUACAAGCAGGAGGACAAGUGUGGAGUGUGUGAGGGGGACAACUCUCACUGUCGCACCGUGAAGCUGACGCUCACCAAGACCCCAAAAAAGAACGGACUGUUGAAAAUGUUCGACAUCCCAAUAGGAGCCCGUCACAUCGUUAUCGAGGAGAACGAGACUUCCCCUCAUAUAAUUGCUGUGAAGAAUCAAGUUACUGGAAACUUCAUACUGAAUGCAAAGAGUGAAGAUGCCGAAUCAAAGACCUUCAUCGAAAAUGGGCUACAGUGGGAGUAUUCGAUAGAUGCUGAGAAGGAGACGCUGAAAACAAGCGGUCCUCUGCAUGAAGGCAUUGUCGUGCUGGUCAUUCCCAUGGAAGAGGACGCAAAGAUCAGCUUGACGUACAAGUAUAUCAUACACGAGGACCUUCUACCACUGAUCACCAACAACAAUGUCCUUCUGGCGGAACUUGACACCUACGAGUGGGCGCUGAAGAGCUGGUCUCAGUGCUCCAAACCUUGUGGGGGAGGCAUACAGUACACAAAGUAUGGAUGCAGGAGGAAGAGCGACAGCCGUUUGGUCCAUCGUAACUUUUGCGAAACCAGCAAGAAGCCCAAACCCAUCCGGAAACGCUGCAAUGUUCAAGAGUGCAGCCAGCCCACGUGGGCGGUGGAAGAGUGGAGUCCCUGCAGUAAGACUUGCGGAAAACUCGGCUACCAGAGCAGAGUGGUGCAGUGCAUGCAGGCGCUCCACAACGGCACCAACAGGCCCGUACACAGCAAACACUGCACAGAGGAUCGGCCUGAAAUGAGGCGAGCCUGUAACCACACCGUGUGCCCUGCCCAGUGGAGGACAGGGGCGUGGUCUCAGUGUUCGGUGACCUGCGAUGAAGGGAUUCAGCAAAGACAGGUGGUCUGCAAAGCCAGCGACAACACCAUCGGAGAAUGCGAGGGCGAGAAACCGGAGACAGUCCUCAUCUGCAAACUGAGUCCAUGUCCAGGACAGCCUGUGUCUUCUCUCAACGUCGAAACGAUGGACAACUCCACCAUAAAAGAUGAAGCCAUACACCAGAGGGCUGCUGAAAACCCAGUUCACAAAAUCUCUUCAAAUGAACCGUGUCUGGGGGAUAAAUCGAUUUUCUGUCAAAUGGAGGUCCUUGCCCGUUACUGUUCCAUCCCUGGAUAUAAUAAGCUUUGCUGCGAGUCCUGCAACAAGAAGGAAAGCCUUGGCAUACAUGAUCCUGACCUCCAGAGCACCCCGGUGGCCUCUGUUGAACCCAACCCCUCCGCUCCUUCUCACCCUGCAUCAGCCACGCCUCAUCUACCCACUACGACCCAGAGCCCGCAGCAAACCACUAAAGCCAUCGGCAGACGGCUGCGCUCCACUGCCCCAGUGCCAACCAUGGCCGCCGCUGCUGCUGCUGAAGCCUCGCCAUCAACGGGUGCUGCUCCACCCCAGGGUCCCACCAGCGACUCCUUCCUCACAGCUGGGAAGGGAGACUCAGACCCGGGGCCUCUUCUACCUCCAGGGCCACCACAGCCCACAGCAGACUCCAGUGGAGGUGCCUCUAAAGAGCACAGUCCAAACAGCACUUUAGGCCAAGUCGCUGCCAGGUCAAGAAGGGACGAUUUAGGAUCCGAGAGGGACUCGAGUCACAGAACCCUGUCAGCUCCAAAAUGAACAGUGAGCGAUGUUGUGAACGUGCUGCUCAGUGAGACGGUCUCAUCCAUCAGCUCACCUUUUUGCAGCAUCUGAUAAAAGACUUGCAGUCUUGCUGCAGAUGUUUUUCUUUCUUUUUUUUUUUCUUUUUUUUUUUUACAAAGGUUUUUUUUUUUUUUUUUCCAUGCCAGUGAACUUAGACCAGACCAGAGAUGGUUACCUCAUCAAAACUCCGGAGUGAUCUGUGUGCAGCGUCGCUCUGCCCUCUGUGCUUCGAGUACAAAACGGAAGAAAAAAAAAAAAGUUGUCAGGUGCUGUAAACUAAAAAAAAAAAAAAAAACGACUACAAGACGUGUUCAAAAUGUGAUGACUGCAUUGCUACAUUCAUGUUUUUAUCUGUGUACAGUUGUGUAAGCCUGUUUUUUUCAAGUGCAUUAGAACUACUAUUGAACUUGUAUUGUGAACAUGUGAGGAGAGGUCAAAGGCCAUGGCUUUAGAGGUGCACGUGUCAGCUAUGGAAACUAGAGCGUGCCACCAGAAUAGUUAUAGACUCUGCCAGUGCAUUAAUAAGACAUUUUAAUGAUGCAGAAUAACAAAGUCAAUUUAAUAGAAUAUAAUAUAGAAUAGCAAAAAGUUAGUUUGAUGCCACUCUCAUAUCUGUACAUCAACUAUGGAGCCAGAGCCAGCCAACAGGCUCUUAGCUUAGCAUAAACACCAGAAACCAUGUGCCUAGUAGUAGGCAACAAGUUUUUCGUUUGGUUACAGGACAGAAAAAGUAAAUCAAAAAAUAGCUACACCAGUAUUUUUUUUUUUCAGUAUUCAGAAGUGUUAACAGAGCCCGGCUGUGUUUCUCCCUGCAGUGUCACCUUUAAUACCAAGCUAAGCUAAUCAUUUGAAAAGUAUUUAUUUUUUUCUCUCAUUUUAGCCAAGCUGUUAGCCUGCUAAACUUUUUCUUUGCAGUAUUUAGAGGUGUUGAUAGACUUAUCAAUUUCUCUUGUAUUGGAGCCAGGCGACGUUUCCCACUGCAUCCUGUCUUUAUGCUAAGCUAAGCUAAUCACAUUGUAACACCAGCGCCACGUUUAGAAUACAGGCAUGAGAGCGCUAAGGAUGAAAAUGUCACGUUUAUGGGCGCCGCCAUCUUUCAUCACAGUGUCGUCACUGCCCGGCUCAUUUGCGAACAGGUCGCAGCUGUCAAUCAUGAGGUUUGACCCCCUUUUUUUUCGGCAUCAAAUGACUAAUUGCAACCAAACUUUUCAGAAAAAUUAACUCUUUGAAACACAUCAGCAUCUUAACAACUAUAUAAGAUGGCAAAAUGGGACAAACUUAAUUGACUUUUUUUUUAAUUGACUUUUAUUGUAUUUUGAGUCUUUAGUGUGACCCUUGUCUCCUCUGAUAACAGGGAUGGAGCCGGGUCCGGUACUGCAGCCAGCCACCAGGGGGCAAUCAAUAUCUUUUGGCCUUACUUUUGGGCAGCUGCCAUCCAUCUUUUUAUAUCGUCAACGCAUCAAAACUGAUAUCAAUCAGAUCGCAUAAUUCUCAGCAAAAAAAAAUGUAAAAGUUGGGAUUUUAUUAUUAGUCAUUUAAAAGCCAAUGUGAUUAAUUAAGGUUAAUUUAUGUAGGUAAUUGAUUAGAAGUCUACAGUUAUUCCAGUGGCACACUCCAGACUCCACAGCCAUCACUCCUGGCAGGGAGCUUCUCGGCUUCUCUGUCCCCGGUGCUCUUUUCUUUUUUUUUUUUCUUGUUCCCCAACCCAACAUACUUGUGAUCAUCCUCACUGGUGAAAAAACAAAACAAAAACAAAAACAAACAGAAGAAGAAAAGAAAUCACGACUGUUGUAAAGCCAACCCCACUGUAGCACUCCCUCUGUCUUGCCUUUGUGGAAAGUCAGUCACGUAUGCUUUAAAAACAAAAAGAUUGAAGAAAAAAAACUCAAAUAUGUUAUUUUUUUUGUAACUGAUAUAUUUUUCAGAUAAUAAUGUAUAUAGUGUAAAUUUCAAGUUAUGAGAAAGAAAUUAACAACCAGGAGUUAGAACGUCAAGUAUGUUGCAAUUGGAAAAUACAGGCGAUGCUGUUAAGUCUACAGACUGUGGUUGGUCAUGCUGUCACACCAUUCCUGCAUUGCAGUUCAUAACAUCAUUAUGUUUUAUUGUAUAGUUCUUGUAUAUACGUACGUGAAUGAAAGCUUUAAAUGUUAAUAUUUAUUGAAUUUUUAAGUGGUAUGGAGAACAAAGUAAAACACAUUUGAAAGAA